GAUCAGUGGAAGAUUGGCCAUUCACUAUUUGCUUGUCUCUACAAUUUUCACUCUAAUAUUUUGCAUCCCGGGUCUAUAGAUGGACCAAAUGGAACCGAAUAAGCAGCGCAGUUGUUGGUUGUUGCCGUCGUCGUCGUCUUCAACUGGCCAUCCCCUUGUCUUUGACUAGAGAACCCGUGGAAGCAGAAUCAAGGAGGUGGAGCGCCAUGGCGGGCUCCGAUCACCUCCUCGCGCGUCCAGGAUUAGCCAUCGGGAUCAUGGGAGUCAGCGGCUGCGGCAAAUCAACCGUCGCGGCACUGCUUGCUGAAGCCCUGGGUUGCAGCUUCAUAGAAGCCGAUGACUACCAUUCCCAGGAAAACAAAGCUAAGAUGAGCAAGGGCAUCCCGCUCUCCGAUGCCGACCGCACGCCAUGGCUGGAGUCCCUCCUGUACGCCAUCCGUGAUCGGCUGGACCACGGCGAGGACGUGGCCGUCAGCUGCUCGGCGCUGCAGCUCAAGUACAGGGAGGUCCUCCGGGCAGCUGACCGGAGCUACAAGCCGGGGGACUACGCCACAUGCAGGGUGAAGUUCGUGUGCCUGAGGGCGUCGGCCGAGGUGAUCACCGAGAGGAUGCAGAGGAGGUCAAGCGAAGGGAAACACUUCAUGCCGGCGAGCUUGCUGCAAAGCCAGCUCGACCUGCUGCAGAUCGACGCGGCGGAGGGGAUCACCGAGGUCGAUGCGGCGGUGCAUGCCGGCAACAUUGUCCGCGACACCGUUGCUCAGUUCAGGGAGGAGCUGGCAUCCACAGUUCCUCCUUGUUUCUGAAUAUACAACGAAAUUUCAUUUAGUGGACAAGGGAACCUCUGCAUUUGCAAACAAGCUCGUUCAACAUUACCCAGUUCA